AAUUUUCCCCACACCUAUCGUGCGCAUGCGUGUCCAGGGGGCGGAUCUUUUAGCUGCAGAAGAACCCAGUUAUGUUGUCGACACCAGUAAAAUGCAGCAGAUGAGACCGGUAUCUGUUAUAAUUAACGUUUCUGAGUGACUUUGUGACAUCCUACAAGAAAACAAAACCAUGGGAAACACGAGCAGCGAGAGAGCUGCCAUAGGUCAUGGAGAGAAGGCUCAGCGGAGGGACAGCCGAGGGAUCAAAGAAGGAGAAAGGCCAAAGAUCCUAAUGGAUAGCCCAGAGGAUGCAGAUAUCUUUCAUGGAGAAGAUAUGAAGGCUCCAUUAGAGAAGGAGGAGUUCCUCGCGUGGCAGCAAGACUUAGAGGCAGAAGACAAAGGACCGACACUAGAUCGACCAACAGUGUUUCGCUGGACUGGAGAUGGAAAGGAGGUCUAUAUCUCUGGAUCCUUCAACAACUGGGCCAACAAGAUUCCCCUUAUACGAAGUCAGAACACCUUUGCAGCCAUCGUUGAUCUACCUGAAGGGGAGCAUCAGUAUAAGUUUUAUGUGGAUGGCCAGUGGACACAUGACCCUGCUGAGCCUGUCAUCACCAGCAACCUCGGCACAGUCAACAACGUCAUCCAGGUGAAGAAAACAGACUUUGAGGUGUUUGAUGCUCUAAUGGUGGAUUCACAGAAAUCCUCUGACCUCUCAGACCUUUCUAGCUCUCCCCCUGGGCCAUAUCACCAGGACGCUUAUGUUCCUAAACAAGACGAGAAGUCCAAGUCUCCACCCAUCCUCCCUCCUCACCUCCUCCAGGUCAUCCUGAACAAGGACACUGGGAUUUCAUGUGAUCCUGCUUUACUCCCAGAGCCAAACCACGUCAUGCUCAACCAUCUCUACGCUCUUUCCAUCAAGGAUGGAGUGAUGGUGCUUAGUGCGACUCAUCGCUAUAAGAAGAAGUACGUCACAACUCUACUGUAUAAGCCCAUCUGAUUGCAGGACUGUAUGUUGCAUUCCAGCCUUGUGUGCUAUUCUAACAGUGAAAAAUAUUACCUCUGUUUUUUUUUUUUUUUUUGCCCUGAAAUAGAAAGAUUGUAGGGUCAAACCCUUACUGGUUUCUCUGUCAAUAUAUAUAUAAAAAAAAAAAAAAAAAAAAAAACAUCUGGCUUUUAAGUUAAUUUCUAUACGAAUAUUCAGAGCUGGUACUCAAUUAUCUCCUAACAAAUAUCACUAAGGUGAGACAUAAAGUAUGAAUAGAAAAAUUCCAAUAGAGUUAAUAUAAUUAACUUUUAAUUAUAUUUAAGUUAAUAUAUUUGGGGGGGGGGGUGUUGUCAUUUAACAUUUGAGCAGUGGUUUCCCUUUAUAAAAACUUAUUAAAGGUCAGAUGUAAAACAUGUUGCACUUAAAACAAAGUCAAACGAGCACAGCCAUGGUUGGAGGCUUUUGAACGACAAAGGGUUUUCUGUGUUUCUGCAAGAAAACUAAAAGUAUGACCCAGUGUAUCAGAAAACAUGACAAUAACAUUUAUUGAGUAAAAUUAUUAGAUGUGUGUGAGAAGUUCAACUGUGAACUUGGAUUAGCAGUUAGUGCUGAAAUUUUCAUUGAGGGUUAACAGUCAGAUUUGAACGAUUUCUGGGCCUUAGCAUUUUUUUUUUUACUUGUUGCUAAUUGUGCUAAAACAUGAGCAGCUGAUGUCUGCAUCAAUGCCAUCUUAUGGUGGAACACUUGAACUUUGGAACAAAUUCCCAAAUAAUCCUUCGAGCACACAUCAUUUCUCAGAAGUAAGCCGUUAGGACAGGCAAGUAAUUGGCCUGAUCACAAAUCUGUUUUGUAGAAACACAGAAAAUUCUAUAUUGGCCUAAUUUUCAAGCACCACUGUUUAAAUCAAUCUGAUAUUUUAUUGAGUACAUUUUGUAUUUGCAGUUAUUCUACAUAGUAGGAUAGUAAACAUGCUCAGCUCACCUGUUUAUUAUAUUAUUUUGGUAGUUUAUAGUGACAAAAAUAGUUUUAUAUGACACUAAAAUGUUUGUAAUGAAACAAACUAUAAUCGUUAGUAAGAUAACUGAAUAACCUCGUUAAAAGAGAGGUCUCUGACAUUUUUAUCCGACAAAAGCACUUUGUGCACUGCUGUGGUUCUCUGUCUCUUUGCCUGUUUAUGUUCACUUUUAUUAAAGUUAUUUGUGGCCAGAGCAGGUUUAUUUUUUGAAGUAGGCAGUGAUUUAUCUUUUUUUAUUGGGUUAUUUUCUGUGUGAAAGUUAGUUUCCAUGAAGUUUGGUGAAAACCGUUCCAGUCCAGACAUGAGAAAAUGCUUGUUAGUUUUAUUUCAUCUAUGAUUUUCUGCACUUAAACAAUAACCUUGUAUCAGAGGAGGUUUUCUAGAUGUAAUAGUGCACUGAUGACACAAAGUAUACCCUUUAAUUCGUUUUGAUCUUGUUCAAUAAGCUCACAUGGGAUAGUUGAAUAGUUUACUGCAUGAGUUGGUCUUCAGCAGCUCAUCAGGUGAUGUUUUCUGUGUUCAUGAUGGAUUUCAGUUAGGAAAAAGAUCAAAAACAUGAAGUAAAAACACUGAUUAGAGGAGGAUCAGGGUAGAGUGAUGCUACUUUUCAUUACUUUUAAGUGUGUAGUUUUGCUUAUUUUUGAUCCUUUUAAAGGCUUUGCUAUUUUAACUUAUUACGUCUAUUUAACUAAUAUUGAUAUAUGACUUACAUUAACGGGUACAUUUUGUAGAACCAAAUGAAGACGUGAUUGUAAUUAUUCUUACUCGGUUUUGGCCAGUAGAUGCUGACAUUUAAUUUAUGUUAUUUAUGCUUUUUUUAGUUUUAAUGUUGUCAUAUUUUAAACUGAAUCAGAUUUGAUUCUAUUACAAAAGGUCACAUUAUACGUUUGGGGUUCAGAAUUUCUUUUUCUGCCUUUUAAAGACACACUCCUGAACUUUGCAGAUAUGAACUCUCUGUCGCCCCCUCAAGGCUUGAUGCGUAACGUUACUGUCAUAAAGUAAAAUCUCUGUCAUGUAUAACAGGUAUGUUUUGCUGGCGGUUUUCUAACUCUCGUGCCCAAACACAUCAAGCGGCUUUUCAGUUCGUAAAUCAUUAGUAGCAAUCAGUAAUGUUCAGCGACAAGGUACAGUAUUAAGAUAUUAAUAGUAUCAAUUUAUCAGAAUGAUUGGGUAAUGCAAUUAUGGCGAAAACGUGCUGUGUACAUAACAGUAAAAAUCACGCAGUAACAAGCAUGUCCAUGAAAAUGUCAAUGGCAAAACAAUGAAAACAAACUUUUUCCUCUUCCACACAUUUAAAUAAUAGUUUUAUCAGGACUGUACAGCAACUUUAUGCUCGACCAAACACAAUAACACAUUUAGUACUUACCAGCACAGCUAGGUCAGAGUCCAUAGUACAUGGAUGUAGCCUUUCUUUCAAGAAGAGCUCUCCAGCGAGGAAAAGCCAGCACAAUAUUAACUCUGGCCUUUGCUCUUGCUCUAUCGUGUUCUCUUUUUCUUUUCCUAGAGUUCUCUGGUGAGGGAUUUCUAGCUUUUUGUGGAUCUGCCAUCGCUCAAGCCUCUAAACCGCUGGUCUACGCGAUACUGCCGUAAAGCAACUCUUAGUCAGUACUUCCAGUGUGGAAAAAACAGAAGUGGGACCCCAUAACACUAUCGCAGUUCAGAAAAUGAACAUAAUAGAUGAUAGUAUGCUGCCAAAACCUAUCAAAAAACAUGAUUUUAAGGUGUAAAAGUAGAGGAGUGUGUCUUUAAGUUAUUUUGACAAGUCUCAUCACUGGCUCAUUUAAGAUGGCCGGAUGAAUGGAAACAUCUUGUUAGUUUGUAGGUGGACAAGAGUUUGGUUUGUUACAAAUACAAAUCCAUUUGAUUUCAGUUUAUUCUUUUGUGUGUCUUCCAGAGACAGAACAGAGUGUUUAUUCUGGCAGGAAUCAUGAGAAACAAUCCAGAUAUCAGACAUGCUUGUAAAUCUAUCCAAACUGGUACAAUGUGACUGCCACAAACGCUGUUUGCACAUGUUUAUGUUAAGAACAUGAAUAUUAAAGAUUAAUCUACAAAUUCA